CGCGACAUCGUUUUGUUCUUUUUCUUUGAUCAUAAGCAGUAAAACUGAUUUUCGAUUGGAAGAAAUAAUCGCUUAGAUCAGAAUUGAGCUAUGGACUCUGCUGAUUGGCGCACUCAACUUCUACCCGAUUCUCGCCAAAGGAUUGUCAACAACAUAACCGAGACCUUAAAGAGGCAGCUUUCUGUCACUAGGGAAGAAGGAGUUCAGGAGCUCAAGAAAAUUGCAGUUGGGUUUGAGGAAAAGAUCUAUACCGCUGCUAUAAGUCAACCAGAUUAUCUACAAAAAAUAUCUCUAAAGAUGCUGACUAUGGAGACAAAAUCUCAUAAUCCUAUGACCAAUUUGAGCAAUGCUGCAAGUAGUGGUCAGAAUGCCCAUGACCCAGGGACCGCCCGAGCUGGAGCUGCAGCCGGAGUUAUGGACGCCGCUGAUUGGCGGACUCAACUUCUACCUGAUUUUCGUCAAAGCAUUGUCAACAAGAUAACCGAGACCUUAAUGAGGCAUCUUCCUGUCACUGGAGAAGAAGGAGUUCAGGAGCUCAAGAAAAUUGCAUUGAGGUUUGAGGAAAAAAUCUAUACUGCUGCUAUAAGUCAGCCAGAUUAUCUACGAAAAAUAUCUCUAAAAAUGCUGACUAUGGAGACAGACUCUCAAAAUCCUAUGACCAAUUCGGCCAAUGCUGCAAGUAGUGGUCAGAAUGCUCAUGACCCAGGUACCGCCCCAGCUGGAGCUGCAGCCGGAGAUAUGGACGCCGUUGAUUGGCGGACUCAACUUCUACCUGAUUCUCGUCAAAGGAUUGUCAACAAGAUAACCGAGACCUUAAAGAGGCAUCUUCCUGUCACUGGAGAAGAAGGAGUUCAGGAGCUCAAGAAAAUUGCAUUGAGGUUUGAGGAAAAGAUCUAUACUGCUGCUAUAAGUCAGCCAGAUUAUCUACGAAAAAUAUCUCUAAAGAUGCUGACUAUGGAGACAAAAUCUCAACAUCCUAUGACCAAUUCGAUCAAUGCUGCAUCUAGUGGUCAGAAUGCCCUUGGCCCAGAUAUAGAUUCUUGCCAGGAAAGGGAAAUUACUCAAGGAAGCAUGAAGAGAAAGAGAGAAGACUGGGGAGAUAAUGUUGAAGAGCAUAAUGAUCAAAUACUACCAACAUUUACAUGUGAAAUAUGCACUGAAGUUGUUCCAAUAACCAAGAAAUUCAACAAUUUUCAUAGUUGCAAUCAUUCUUUUUGCUCAAAAUGCAUAGAGAGGCACGUCGAAGUGAAAAUCCAACUAAGGAUUGCUGAUAUACAGUGCCCAUAUGUAGAUUGUGGGAAACUUUUGGACCCUCUAGUAUGUAGAACGAUGAUUCCCUUAUCGAUUUUCGAGAAGUGGUGUGACCUUCUCUGCAAGCAGGCUCAUUUAGGAUUCGAGAAAUGUUACUGCCCUUAUCAAGAUUGUGGAGAACUCAUUGUUAAAGAGUGUGGGGAUGUUGUUGGAAAAUCGGAGUGUCCUAACUGCAGAAGAUUGAUUUGCUUUCAGUGUGGGCUUCCAUGGAAUGUCUGUGAAGAAAAUGGAUGUUCAAAGGUGAAUGACACUUUGUUCAAAGAACUUGUGGAGCAAAAGCAAUGGACUAAAUGUCCUAGCUGUAAUAUGUAUGUCGAACGAAUUGCAGGCUGCAAUCAUAUGCAAUGCAG